AUGGCGGAUCCCGAGUUCUCCUACGAGGACUUUUCAGAUACGGAACAGCCAAGCGUCGCGCCAGUGAGGAAGACGAAGAAGACACCGAAGACAAUAAUACCGAAGACGCCACCGAAGACUACGCCAAAGACGACAACGCCGACAGAGAAAAGCCUCAAUGUCAUCGUGGACCACACUCACUCGCCCGACUCGGAACAGGGCUCCCAACUCUCGGCCGGAGUCCGUCUUGCGCCUGACGGCACGACGCCUCUCGUCCCGCAGCCUUCAGCUGAUCCGCAAGACCCUCUUAAUUGGUCUUGGGCCAAGAAGCACGCAGUACUGCUGGCUCUGAUUCCGGGAUGCCUGCUCAGCGACUGGGCCCUGACGUGGGGCUCGACUGUCUUUGAGCUGCAGGCUCAGGACUGGGACAUGGCCGUCCAAGCCGUCUCCAACUCCCUGAGCCCUGGCAUCUUCAUGCAGGCCCCCGGGGGCAUCCUCGCCGUGCCCCUGUGCCAGCGAUACGGACGCCUCCCCGUCCUCUUCUGGAGCCAGCUGCUCUCCCUCGCCGUCAUAAUCGGCGCCACGCUGGCCCCCACCUACGGCGGCUUCACCGCCUGCCGCGCUCUGCAGGGUUUCUUCGGCGCGGCGCCGCAGGUCAUCGGCCUGUCCGUCAUCCACGACAUGUUUUUCUUCCACGAGCGGGCGCGCAAGAUCAACAUCUGGGCCGCCUCCUUUCUCAUCGGCCCCUACAUCGGGCCCUUCAUCUCCAGCCUAAUCCUGCUCAAACUCGCCUGGCGGCCCGACUUCGCCGUCCUGGCCGGCUUCUACGCCUUCAGCGUGCUGGCCGUGCUGCUGCUGGGCGACGAGACGCUGUUCGACCGCGGCGGCGCGCUAGGGCUGCACCAAAGCAAAAGCAAGCGCAAGACGACGCGGCUCGCCCUCCUCGUCGGCCUCGCCGGCUUGCGCGCUAAAGGCCGCCCCAAGAUCCGCACAGUCCUCAGGCACCAGCUCGCUCUGCUGGCGCGGCCCUAUCUCUUACUACCUUCCGCGCUCUUCCUCACGCCCCUCACAAUGUGGACGAUCGGCCUCGUGUCCACAAUCCCGCUCUUCACUUUGCCACCCCCUCCCCCAGCCGGAACAGGCUACGCCUUCUCGUACCUGGGCUUCGCGCUCCUCUACCUCGCGCCCAUAGUCGGCACCCUCUUAGCCGAAGCCUACGGCCACUACGCCAACGACUUGAUCCUCCGGCGGCACCUCCACAAGCACAACCACACCCAGCACGCCCCCACCACCCUCCCCGUCCCCGAAGCCCGCCUCACAGCCGUCUACCCCCCCCUAACACUCGGCGUGGCCGGCCUCGUCCUCUUCGGGCAAACGCUCCAGCAGCACCACCACUGGGCCGCUCUCGCCGUAGCCUGGGGCAUGGUCACCUUCGCGACGCUCGCCACCACAACGCCCAUCUCGGCGUACGUCCUCGACACCUUCCCCCUGCACGCGGCGCCCGCGGCCGCGUGGCUGAACGCGUGGCGCGUGGUUGGCGGCUUUAGCGUCGUUUAUUUCCAGCUUGGCUGGGUGGCGCGCGCCGGGCCGGGCGUGGCGUUCGGGUGCCAGGGCGCUGUCAUUGCUGCGGUGGGGUGUGCGGUCGUCGUGACGCAGCGAUUUGGGCGGGCGUGGCGCGAGCGGUGGCCGGUGCCUGAGGGGGAGAAUUAG